UAGGUCUGUAACAGUUUGGGUCCAGGGUGUCUCCCCUUUGAAGAGGGGGAUGACUGCGGCAGCUUUCCAAUCCUUGGGGAUCUCAGACGAUAUGAAAGAGAGGUUGAACAGGCUGGUAAUAGGGGUUGCGACAAUGGCGGCGGAUAGUUUCAGAAAUAGAGGGUCCAGAUUGUCAAGCCCAGCUGAUUUAUACGGGUCCAGGUUUUGCAGCUCUUUCAGAACAUCUGCUAUCUGGAUUUGGGUAAAGGAGUACCUGGAGAGGCUUGGGCGAGGAGCUGCGGGGGGGCCGGAGCUGUUGGCCGAGGUAGGAGUAGCCAGGCGGAAGGCAUGGCCAGCCGUUGAGAAAUGCUUGUUGAAGUUUUCGAUAAUCAUGGAUUUGUCGGUGGUGACCGUGUUCCCUAGCCUCAGUGCAGUGGGCAGCUGGGAGGAGGUGCUCUUGUUCUCCAUGGACUUCACAGUAGAACAAGGCACUACAGGUGUGUCCAAAUAAGGGUUUAGGAGCCUGCAAGCCAACACUUGCACAGAAACGGAAUUGUAGUAUUGAUCAUUUUACAACACGAUACAAUAUAUUAGUCUCUUAUUUUCAACCUUGAUUCUCAACACAUUUUCUUCCUUCACUCCUGCUAUCCCACUAAAUCAUGGUUGAGCUUCAGCUCCAGAUGACCAACUCCCUGAGGAAACAGACACCCUGGAAGAAGCAGAGAAGGAAGGGAAAGACAGGAGAGGUGCUGGUCUGCUGUUAAGACUGAGGAUGUCUGGGUCAGACUCCAGUUGGUGCUGCAGACUGUGUCAGCGCUGCUUCAGUUCCUCCUGGCAGCUGACGGGACACUGUUGUACUGGCAUCGCGGGGGAGGACGGGGUCACCCAUGGCCACAAGGUCAAACUGGAGUUCCAGUGCCCAGGUUGUGGCGACCGCUUCCUCCACGCCUUCAUCAUGCACAAUCGCAGUCACAUUGGCCAGUCCCAGUAUGUCUGUGGACGGACGCUCAAGACCCUGUGCAUGCUGUCCUCCCACAAGUGCUCACACUCCCGCCGCCGCGGGACUGUGGCUGAACGACAGCAGUGCCAUGACUGCAGCCAGAGCUUCUGCAAGCUGACGGCACUCAGAAGCCACCGGGAGAGACAGCAUGGAGAGGAGAGGAACUGGGAGGAUGAGGAGGACAGGGUGGUGAGAGAGGAAGAGCAGGGAAGCACUGCAGUAAUCUCUAUUGAUUCAACCUGAGUUUCAGCUCAGCCUCCCCAGUCUCCUCAGUGCCACCAGUGUUUCAUGACCUUUCAGGAUGCAGAGACAGAAGAGAGGCAUUUACGCUUCAAGCACCCAGUGGAGUAUGAGAGACAUCUCAGAGGUCGCAGUGUUUGCCUGCUGUGUCUGCGACCGAACAUUCCCCUCCUCCCGCCUGCUCUCAGCUCACCAACGCACCCACAGCAAGUGGAGUCUGCCCCCUACUGAACCAGAAGACUCUGUCCAAGAAUGCACAGAUGGAGGAGAGGCUGAGGGGUCAGCCAUAGUAGUACGGCACCCCUGGAGCAAAUAGGGGUCAACUGUCUUGCUCAAGGACACAUCGACAGAUCUUUCACCGUGUCGGCAUGUUAUUUCAGGUAUAGACAAUGAAAAAAAACAGAGCUGGUCCAAUUAGCUGUGAGCACUGUCAUAUCAUCUUCAAUGACCCUCGAACCUGGGAACGUCACAUGACGGCCAAGCACCCCCCAUCCCUGUUGACACCUACUUCACCAGGGAAUGCCUACCUGACUUCUAGACCUGCCAGGGGUCAACUACGACCCUAUCGCUGCUCAUCCUGUGGAGAGAGAUUCAUACAGGAAAGCACUCCGACCAAACACGGCACCAAGGCACACGUCAGCUGAGAGAGGAUGAUUCUGGGAGCAUAGAUACCAAGAUGAAGAGGACAAUAGGCAAGUUGAAGUGAGAUAUAUAGGAGUGUUUUCCAGGAGGGCCUUGACUAACUUUAUACCAAGUUGUUUAAUGAAGAAAUGACGUGUCACUUAGUAUAAAUCAAAUAUCAUUUCAUUGUAGGCCUUCAUGUCAACCCUUAUUUCAACUUUCUCCAACACCAACAGAAUCCUCACAAAAUAUAUUUUGAAUUCAUAUCUCUUCUAGGGCUGUGAUGAUACGUGUCGCAAUAUCUUUUCCAUGGCAAAAAUGAAAACAUGAAGCAGA